UGAGAUAUAAAUCAUAAUUCAUUAUAUUGAAGAAGAAAAUAAGAGAGAAAAGAUGGGAAGAGCUCCUUGUUGUGAGAAGAUGGGGUUGAAGAAAGGUCCAUGGACACCAGAAGAAGAUCAAAUUCUUAUCUCUUAUAUUCACAAAUAUGGCCAUGGAAAUUGGAGGGCACUCCCUAAACUAGCUGGUUUAUUGAGGUGUGGAAAGAGUUGUAGAUUGAGAUGGAUAAAUUAUUUAAGACCAGAUAUUAAAAGAGGCAAUUUUACUAAAGAAGAAGAAGAAACCAUUAUUGAAUUACAUCAAAUGUUGGGCAACAGAUGGUCAGCUAUAGCAGCAAGAUUACCAGGAAGAACAGACAACGAAAUCAAAAACGUUUGGCAUACUCAUCUCAAGAAAAGGCUUAUAAUUAAUAAUAAUGAUGACGUAAUCGUUCAAAAAUCAAAACGACAACGUAAUCACGAGUCGUAUGAUGAUGAUAAUAAUAUUAAAAUUGAUGACACAAAAUACGACAAUGAUAAUAAUAGUAAUAAUGAUAGUUUGGUUGUGUCGUCGCCUCCUCAAUCUUCAUCUUCUUAUAACUCGUUCAUUAGUACUGAUGAUCAAAAUUUUUCGGAAACUAUGGACGAUCAAUUUUGGACUGAAGUUUUCUCAUCGGAAUCAGAUGAGAAUGAUCAUAAUAAUCAUGAAUUCGAUUUCACUCUUACGAAUUCGAAUAAUAAUGUUGAUUAUGAUCAAGAUAUGGAGUUUUGGUUUAAUGUAUUUACUAGAUCUGCGGAUUUACCAGAAUUAUUAUUAUAAAAUAAUUUAAUUAAAGUUGUAAUAAUAACAAAAUAAUGAUUAAUUUGUACUUUCAUUAUUGAUCGUAAUAUUUUUUUAUUUUGUUAUGAUAUGUAAUUUUUGGUGGAAAUUGAGUGUUAAAAAAUUGUUUAAUGCCAAGCUGCCCAAUUAUUUUGACCGUUACAAAUUAAAGUUAUA